AUGGGGAACAUGCAGUCGGAGCCGUCCGCGGGCGGGGGCUCCCGAAAAGAGCAGGCCUCGGACCGCACCCCCGACUCCCGCCGGACGUCCCUGGUGGAGCCCGAGGUGACCUCCCAAGCCAUGCGCCUGACUCGCGGGCUGGGCGUCUGGUUUCCUGGCAGCUCCACAACCCGGCGCCUCCUGGUACCCAGGGAGUCCCAGGCCUCACCCUCGACCCUGCCCCUCACCUUAGAACGGCCCUCUCCAGUGAUGCCCCCUCCUGAAGAGGCGGCCGCGGUCUCAGCACCAUCCCUGGCCCCCGCGGGGACCUUGCUGCCCGGCCCGUCUAAGUGGCAAAGGCCCGCGGGCACUCCAGCGCCCCGGAGCCGCCGCCUGCUGGAGGCAAGCCAUCGCGGCCAGGGCGACCCUCCGAGCCUCCGCUCGCUGCCGCCGAAGUCGCCACCGCCACCGCCACCACCUCGGCAACUAUCCAUGAAGGACACUGUCCCGAGGGCUCCAUCCCAAUCUCCACCUUCCCUGGAGCCGUGGAAACCGCCACCACCAUUACUUUCCGAAUGGCAGCCCGCAGACCGUAGAAUCACUCCUGCUCUGUCCACACCCACCUCGACCCCCACAGAAAGCCAGGCUGGGCCCGGCAGCCAGGGCCAGACGGCCGGUAGGGCUCGCGGAGGGACGCCUCCCCAAGCGGGCGAAGGUGAAAUGGUCCGGCCUGCGGCUUCCGAGUCCAGCGUGAGCCUGCUGUGCAAAGUCACCUUCAAGUCCGGGCCCUCUUUAGCCCCUCCGGCAGCCUCGAGUUCCUUAGCAGCCAAAGCUUCGCUCCGGGGCGGCGGAGGCGGCGGCUUCUUUGCUGCCUCAGGUGCCAUCUCUUACGCUGAGGUCCUGAGGCAAGCGCCCCUGCCUCCUGGAGCCGCUCGCCCCUUGGGAGAGGUUCCGCGAGGGGCACAGGAAGCCGAGGGAGGCGAUGGAGACGGCGAAGGGUGCUCUGGCCCUCCCUCGGCGCCUGCGUCCCAAGCCCGGGCCCCACCGCCGCCACCCUACACCACCUUCCCAGGCUCGAAGCCCAAAUUCGACUGGGUGAGCGCUCCCGACGGCCCUGAAAGCCACUUCCGCUUCAACGGGGCUGGCGGAGGCGUCGGGGCGCCACGACGGCGCGCAGCCUCAGCAGCCGCACUCUCUGGGCCCUGGGCCUCCUCUCCGCCACCACCAGGGCAGAUGCACUCAGCUCCCGAGCCCCGGAGGCCGGCACCUGCCCUGCUGGCGCCGCCUAUGUUCAUCUUUCCGGCACCCACCAAAGUCAAGCCCGUGCGCCCAGGGCCUCCAGGCCUGCAGGAGUUACCACCAAUGCCGCCGCCCACGCCGCCGCCCGCGCUGCCGCCCACACCGCCGGCCGCAUCGCCGCCGCCCACACCGCAGCCACCUGCGCUCCAGCCAACGCCGUUGCCGGUGGCUCCCUCACCCACCCCAGGUCCGGGCCACGCAGAGUCAGCCCUGGCUCCCACCCCAGGCCGGGGCCACGCAGAAUCAGCCCUGGCUCCCACCCUGGCCCCUGCUCUGCCCCCAGCCUUAGCCGCCGACCAGACUCCGGCCCUGGACCCAGCCCCAUCACUGGCUCCAGCUCCCACCAUGGCUGAGCCCUCGCUGCCCACGCCCGCGGAUGCGCCCAAGUCCCGCACGCGCAGGAACAAGGGUUCCCGUGCAGCCCGGGGCACGACCCGUGAGGAUGGCUUGCCUGGAGAUGGUCCUCGCGAACGAGCUACAGCUACUGUGCCUGACAGCGGCGGUGGAGGGGGUGGUGGCAGCGGGGCCUCUCAGGCUGGAUCAGCUAACACCAGCGCUGCGCGCCACUGGCCGCCCUUCCAGGUGCUUAACUCCUGUCCCUGCAAGUGUUACUGCCGCCACCAGCCACGCCAUCGCCGCCUGCCACGCAACGUCUCUGCCUGGCUGAGCACACCCACCAACCACCUGAGCAAGCCGCCCUGGGUUGCCACCAUCAAGCUGGCCGGCUCCUUGGUGGCUGAGCUGCAGCACUACGACCUGCAGACCACCCAUUCCAACUGAGUGUAGUCGGGCCAAUGACUUCCACCUUCCUCUCCAUGCCAAUAAAAUAACCAAUCCAGAUGCCAGCAGCUUGUCAAUCACUCGCCAAGGGCUGGAGGGGUAGGAUGCAGCAGGGUCGCCAUUAAAGCACAUCUUGGAAACCAUCAGGAGGCCAGACCAGAGCAGCAGCAACUGAGGUUCCAUUCAUCCAGCACCCAGACUGAUGGGCCCAGGGCAGGAUCUCAUUCCCCUUCAUCCAGAAGCCCCAAUUCUGAGCUGACCUGGUACCAAGCUCGGAGGCUCAGCACAAACCACUUGGCAAAGGAGUGAUCAUUCCCAUUUUACAGUUGGGAAAACUGACUCUGGAAGACUUGACAUUUCCACAUCCCACAAGGGAUUCAGCCAGAUUUGGACCCCACGCCUGGAACACUUUUCCAAGAAUUUCAAGGCAGGAAACCUAGGCUGGUGGGUGUUCAAGGAGGUCCUCAAUCACUGCGCUGGCUCAGGGAGAGUGGGACCCAUGACAAACCCACACCUUUUGUUCCACAAAGGGCUCAAACUGGCAGCCCACAGAUGGGUUCCAUUUCACAUGUCAUUUGAAAAAUUGUUUAAUCCAUUGCCAACAUUUUUUUCUUUUUAAUGGGACACUUCACCCCUUUUGUUGAAAAACUCCGGUACCCUGGCCCAGCAUUCCUGUGUCCACAGCUGGCUAGA